AUGAUACCACUAUGCGAACAGGCAGGGGUGGUGGAGAAUCCAAGGGAAAUAAUUUCCUUCUAUGAAGAUAUAAUUAAUCAAAUGAAAAAUUCAUAUAAUGAAUUGUAUGAUACACUUAUGGUAUUGAAGAAUAAAACAAUUGGUAAUAUAGAUGAACAGUUAAAGGAAAGCGAAAAGUGCAAAUUAAACACGUCGUUAUGCCUAAGAAAAGAAGUCAAGGAGCAGGGAGAAGAAAAAAGGAAUCUCUCGUUUCAUAACACAGAUAUAUUAAACGAUAUUUUGUGUAAUUUCCAUGGUAAGGACAUUGUUCAUAGAGGUGGAGAAGUAAGUUGGUUAGAUGACCAAGAGGAAGAAGGGAUAGAACCACGAAGACGUCACACCGAAAAUGUUCACGAGUAUGCGGGGGAAAAACGUAUAAGCGAAGUCCAAUCCAAUGAAGAUUUUUUCCAAGAGCGCAAAAUAAAGCAUGUGAACUGUUACAAAAAAGAAUUUAUGGUGAGGAAUAUACGUGAAAAAAUCAAUGAUUUUUCUUGCAUAAAUGAAAUGGCUAAUUCGAACACAAGUAUAUGUGAAGUGAAUAAUGCAGAGCUGAAGGAGGGAGAACAGACACACAUUUUUAAUGGUAAGAUUUUUUCACAGGGGAGGAGAGAAAAUGUGGAAAAGCAACAUAUCCCUUCUUCUAAAUCGUCAAACAGACAUUCAACAGAUUUAGAGGAAGAAGAAAAAGAAAAAGAAAAGAAGAAAAAAAACUCAUUGAAUGAAGAAUCAUUGCAUUUCAGAAACUCAUUUACAUGUAUGAAUAAGGUAGACAAUGAAGAAGUGAAAAAAGAUUUGACUGUGUCUAAGAAAAAUUAUAAUAAAAAUGAAAAUUCAAAUUCAUCACCUGAGAAUUUUGCAGAUUUAAACUUUUCUGACAAUUCGAUGGAUUCAAUAAAGGAUGUAAUGAUUCGAUUAUCACAGGAAAAUGAGAGAUUGUCUAAAAUAGUGAAUGAAAAAAAGAGAGAAUAUGAAAAUGGUGCAUAUAGUCAUGUUAGGAACAGGAACGGUUAUUUAUGUUCCCUCAUGAAUGUAGAUCAACUAGCUAGCCAUGAAUUGGAAAAUUUUAACUAUAGAGAAUAUGAAAUAGGAGAGCAAAACAAACACUGUUGUAAAAACCUUAUGUUAGAAAAAUGGAGAAGUACAUGUUCGAAAAACUGUAAAAAGGGGAACAGAAUGACAAAUAUAUAUAAUGAGCAAAUAAGAAAGUUAAAUUCUGACUGUUCAGAAAGAAAUGAAGAUUUUUAUAAAUUUGUGCAGGAAAAAAAAAAAAAAAAAAAAAAAAAUUUCAGGAAAAAUGGACCAAUUCUUCGAAAUGUAAGAAGUACAACAUGCAGCACCUGUUGUAAUGAUAAUACUACUACUUCGCAUGAAAUGUCAAGGGAAUCCUGUAGGGAUAGCAAUUCGAUGAUGAAUUUCAAACAUGAACACAUCUCAACAAAUAACAUAACGAACAACUGCAUUUGUAGUGGCAAAAAUGGAAAAGAUUGUAACACAUGUUAUGCAAAAAAAGUUAAGCUGAAGAUGUGUAAGGCACAUAAAGUUAAGGAUCAGUUCAGAUUAAAUGAUACAUCACUGUCAGAAAUAUACUUAAAUGAUGAACCCCAUAUGUAUAGCAAUUAUUUACAUGUGAGAAGAAGGAAUCAGCUGAUGACAGAUCAAAUGAAGCUAAGAGGUAAGAAGAGGGAAAAACAAAAUUGUCCUUUUUCUUUUGAAACUACAAAUUUGUAUCAAAAUGUUCAUUCGAAAGGGAAUGGAGAUUGUAACAAGUAUAAGGAAUGUUACCCCAUAGGGGAUGAUGAAAAUACUGAGAAGGAAAAAAUGGAUACACGAAACAAUAACCACGAACAUUUUCUUCAUGAUGAAGGAAAAAUUUUGUGUAAAGAUUGCAAUGAUGAUGAAACAAAUAUUCAAGAUAGUAUCUCAGUACUAGAGGAAAAGUUAAAUAGCAUCAUCGAUGGGAGUACCGAAACGAUACAAAAAGGUAACAGCAAUGGGAGGAAGUUCAACAGCUUGAUGAUGAAGAGACACAAUGAAAUUCCCUAUCAUAAUUGCGAUUUAAAACAGAAUGUGAAUAACAAUUUAUUACUUGGACAUUACACAAAACAUUGUGGAAAUCACAACAUUUGUCUUGGGGGUAAGUUGCAGAAAAUAGGAAAUUCAAAUAGGUUCAAUUCGUUUAAAUCGGAUACACUUCCUUAUGGAUUCCAUCCCCCACGUUCCACUUAUAUCUCUUCCUUAGACCAAUCCUUAUUGGCUUUCUUCCCAGAGGGAUUAGAACCCAGUCCCCCUCAGAUGCAGCUAGAUGUCCCCAUGCAUGCUCCAUUUUUCCGCGGCACUUGGGGAGCCUGCAAGUGGGAACACGACAAAGGUUCGCUCAGCAGAUGUUCACACGGAAGGUGCUCACACGGAAGAUGCUCACACGGAAGGUGCUCACACGGAAGGUGCUCACACGACAGAUGUUCACGAGACAAGUGGGGGUAUGACACGUGUAGAUGCCAAAUCGUGAAUCACGAGAACGUGGUAAACAACCAACUUUUCUCCAAUUAUAUAGACAUCAACGUGAAUCCAGCAUUGCAUUCAUGUAACAGUCUUGAUACUUCUGAGGAGCAAGGCACUAGUAAGGAGAGACACAGGAUGAGAGAGACGAAAGGUAUUGAAGUUAUGGGAGACGAAGGAAAGAGGAAGAAUGAACUAUCACAACACAUGGCACAAUAUGUGAAGGAGGAAUGGGAAAUGUCUCAAACUUCACCAAUUAGAAAAAAAAGUAACAUAGUUGAAAUUCCUAACACGCUGAACGAAACAAAUGAGAAGGAAAAUAAUGACACGAUCAGCUGUAGGGAAAGAAAAAAAACAGUCACAUGUAUCUCUACCCCUGGGGGAGAGGUUAUUAGUUCUUCAGAUGCAGGAUUGAGCCUCUUCGAUGGACUCACAGCGGAGGGUAGCUUAAGUGAGAGAUGUGAAGAGGAUAGUCUUUGCAAGAGUGCUGAAAAAAAAAAUAUUCAAAAGAGAAAAAAUCAGGUGUGCAUCGCAAACGAGCAGAAUCGUAUCGAAAUGCAUGAUAAGAAGGAAAAAAAGAAAAAGGAGAAGUGUGGUAGUAUCGAGAAAUAUUGCAAUGAGACAAGAAAAACGAAAAAAAAGAAAAAAAAAAAAAAAAAGAUAAAAAGGGCCCAAAAUGUGAAAAAGUACUACGAAAGCAAUCCAACCAAUCUGUUUUGGACUGACUUGCAUAAUGCACACAUAACUCAAGUGAAUCAAACAAUGAAAGUAAUGCAAAUGGCUCAACUAAUUGAAACAACACACACUGAUGAUGGAAAUCGAAAUGAUAGGUCUAUGCAAUUAUAUAAACAGUAUAACAAAGUGAACUUGGGAAAUAUACAUAAAAAGAAAUACGAGCUACGGACUAAGCGAAAAGUUAAGUAUGCAUGGCCCUCCAUACAUAAGAAGCUAAGAAGAGACGGUUCGCGAUUGGUGUAUGAUCCCUUUUUGUAUAACAGCACUUGGAGGAUAAAAAAAGUUUGA